AGCCGCUUCGGCCCAAGUCCCUCCCGCCCCCCCGCGCGCGCGCUGCAGCUGCGAGCACGCGCGGGCUCCGCGGCGACCUCCCCCGAGGGGGUCGCGGCGGGGGCCCAUGGGCACAUGAGCGGCGGCCCCAGCGGCGGCCUCCGUGCACGCCUGGCGCGGUGGCUUCGGCCUGCACUGAUCCUGAGGCUGACGCCGCACCCGGCUCCCGGCUCCGCAGCCCUCCGCCGCCGCCGACCCCUACGCCAGGUACGACGGGAGCGCCCUGCUGUCGGUCUCCGCCUGCGGGCGCGCGGAGCGCCGGCUGCUGCACGGGGAGCUGGAGGCCGCGGCGUGCGUGCCCGCCGACGAGACGCGGCUGGGGGGGGACUGCUCCGAGGUGCGCGUGGUGUGCUCAGAGCACCGCAACUUCACGCACGGGCAGGCGCAGGUGCUGAACCACAACGCUGGUGCCCUCCUGCGGCUCGCGGGCCUGCCUCGACGAUGGGACCCCCGCUCGGGCGACGACUUCUACGCCCAGUGGCGCGACUACGACGGCAUCGUGGAGCGGCUGGAAGCCAUCGUGGGCGGCGCGAGCGGCGUCGCCACGCUGGAGCUGCUCACCCCGGCCACGCCCGAGGGCCGCCACCUCCGCGCGGUGCGGAUCCGCGACGCCGCGUGGGCGCCGGGCGCGCCCAGGAUCGUGGUGAACUCUCUGCUGCACGCCCGGGAGUGGAUCGCCGCGAUGGUGGGCACGUUCUUGGCGGAGCAGUGCGUCGCGAGGAAGGCAGCCGACCCGGGCUGGCUGGCCGGAAUGGAGCUCGUCAUCGUGCCGGUCUCGAACCCCGAUGGGUACGAGUAUUCGUUGACGGUGGACGCCAUGUGGCGGAAAAACCGGAACCCGUUGUCCGGCUCCUCAUGCAUAGGCGUUGACCUCAACCGAAAUUGGGGCACGGACUGGAGUGGCGGCCAGUCCACGAGCACCAGCGAGUGCUCGCAUCGCUAUGUUGGCCCUUCGGCGCACUCGGAGCCCGAGACACAGGCCCUCAAGGCACUGCUAGAGGAGGCCCCGCUGCACCUCCACUUGGAUCUCCACUCCUAUGGUCAAAUGAUCCUGGGACCCUGGGGCCACACGAACGCCGACCACCCAGACAAGGCAACCAUCGACGCCGUGGGGCUCGAGAUCCAGAGCGCCAUCGAGAACGCCACUGGCCAGACGUACCUCUACGCCACGGGCGACGCGGGAGGCGCCCUCUACCUCGCCUCCGGCAUCAUGCCGGACUACUCCACCGCGCUGGGCGCCUACGGCUACACCCUCGAGCUGCCGCCCGGCACCUGGGAGGCCGGCGGCUUCUUCCCGCCCGCCUCCGGGAUCCUGCCGGCGGGCCAGGACCUGCUCGAGGCCGUCGGCGCGGUCGUGGGGCGGCUCGGGCCGGCGCCUCCACUGGCACUGCCGACGCCGACGCCAGCGCUGUGCGGCGCGAAGGGUCCGGACGACACUCCAUGGGGGCGCGGCGGGCGCAUCGUGGGGGGGCAGGACGCCACACUCUGCGAGUGGAAGUGGCAGGUCUCUCUCUCGUCACCGUCGCUCGGGGCCUUUCCGAUGCACGUCUGUGGAGGCACGCUCAUCGCCGAAUCGUGGGUCCUGACAGCCGCCCACUGCACGGACUGGCCUUUCUCGGUCGUGGCGGGCCUCCACCGCCAGUCUGCAGCAGAUUCGGCCCAGGUGGGGCUGGAGGUGCACCAGGUGCACGUGCAUCCAUUGUUUAACUCGUCGACGUUUUCUUUCGACUUCGCUUUAGUGGAGUUGGCCGACGUUGCGCCCCUGGGUGACUGCAUCGGCCUGGCAUGCCUGCCGAGCGAGGACGUGGUCGGUGGCGAGGAGUGCUUCAUCACUGGCUGGGGGGCCCUCUCCUCUGGGGGCUCCUUGUCCGACCUGCUGCAGGAGGCGGAGGUGGCCAUCGUCAGCAACCCGGACUGCGACGCUGCUUAUGGCAACGGGAUGAUCAGCGACGGCAUGGUGUGCGCGCAGGGCCUGAACAGCGCGGGGCAGGUGACCGACGCCUGCCAGGGAGACAGCGGCGGUCCGCUGGUCUGCGGCUCUGGAGCCGGUGCUUAUACCCUGCACGGCGUCACCUCGUGGGGCUACGGGUGCGCCUCGGCGGCGUACCCAGGCGUGUGGUCCCGUGUGAACUACGUUCGCGACUGGCUCGACGAGAUGAUGGGAAUGGCUCCGCAGCCGACGCCCGCACCUCCGCCGUCGCCAGCGCCCCCCCCCACGCCAGCGCCUCCGCCUGCGCCAGCCCUGGCGUACAUGUGGGCGGAAAUCGUCGGCGAGUGCACAUUGGACGGCGCGUGCGUGGAGAGCCCCAACUACCCACAGGAUUACGACCCGGACCAGAUGUGCAUCUUGGAGAUCAACUUGGAGCAAGCGGCGCCUCUCGUGGUGGAGGGCUUCGCAACGGAGUCCUACUUCGACACGCUCACGGUCAAUGGAUUGACGUAUUCUGGAACCAGCGGUCCCAGCGGCAUCACCCCGACAAGCAGCAUUCUUUGGAUGUCUGAUUUUUUCAUUCAGCAUGGUGGCUGGAGACUGUGUGUGAAAAUGCCGACACCCGCACCUCAACCUACGCUAGCACCAACACCUAUUCCAAUACUUACUUCUGCGCCGACACCAGCGCCAUUGUGCGGCGUGAAGGGUCCCGACGACACUCCAUGGACAGUGCACGGCGACCGCAUCGUGGGGGGGCAGGACGCCACGCCUUGCGAGUGGAAGUGGCAGGUAUCUCUCUCGUCACCUUCGUUUGGGCAUUUCUGUGGAGGCACGCUCAUCGCCGAUUCGUGGGUCCUGACAGCCGCCCACUGCAUGGGCUGGUCCUUCUCCGUCAUAGCGGGUCUCCACAGCCAAUCUGCAGCAGACUCGACCCAGGUGGGACUGGAGGUGCAUCAAGUGCACGUGCAUCCGCUCUACAAAUCUGCCACGUUUGCCCACGACUUCGCUCUCGUGGAGUUGGCGGACGCGGCACCCCUGGGUGACUGCAUCGGCCUGGCGUGCUUGCCGAGCGAGGACGUCGUUGGCGGCGAGGAGUGCUUCACCACUGGCUGGGGCACCCUCUCGCACGGAGGCCCAUCACCCGACCUGCUGCAGGAGGCGGGGGUGACCGUUGUCAGCAGCUCGGACUGUGACGCGAUCUUCGGCAGCGCAAUCAUCAAGGACGACAUGGUGUGCGCGUUUGGCCUCAACAGCGCCGGGCACGUGACCGACGCCUGCCAGGGAGACAGCGGCGGGCCGCUGGUCUGCGGCUCCAGCACGGGUGUUUAUACCCUGCACGGCGCCACCUCAUGGGGCUACGGAUGCGCCUCGGCGACGUACCCCGGAGUGUGGUCCCGUGUGAACUACGUUCGCGAUUGGGUCGACGACGUGAUGGGAUUGACCCCGCAACCGACUCCAGCCUCUCCGCCAGCACCAGCGCCAGCGCCAGAUUUAGACGCCGAUGGCAGCAACGGUGCCAGCACUCCUUCGCCGACACCGACUUCGCCUCCAACGUCAGCGCCCCUGUGUGGUGCGAAAGGUCCCGACGGCACUCCGUGGCACGCGCGUGGCCAGCGCAUCGUGGGGGGACAGGACGCCACACCUUGCGAGUGGAAGUGGCAGGUAUCCCUCACGACGCUGUCGGGCUCUCAUUUCUGCGGCGGCACCCUCGUCGCUCCUGGGUGGGUUCUCACGGCUGCGCACUGUGUGCAGCGCGGGGGCUCCUUCUACGUCGUGGCGGGCAGCCACAGCCAGCACAGCACAGAUGCGACCGAGGCGGUGUUGCAGGUUCAGCAGGUUUAUUCGCACCCGUUGUUCAGCCCCUCCACGUUGGAGUACGAUUUCACCAUGGUGGAGCUGGCCGACACCGCACCUCUGAAUGAUUGCAUCGGCGUGGCUUGCUUGCCAAGCGAUGACGUGCAUGGUGGCGACGAGUGCUUCAUCACUGGCUGGGGGACCCUCUCACAUGGCGGGUCCUCCCCCGACUUGCUGCAGGAGGCGAAGGUUGCCAUUGUCAACAACUCGGACUGCGACACGGCCUACGGCACCGGGAUGAUCAGCGACGACAUGCUGUGCGCGCAGGGUCUCAACAGCGCCGGGCAGGUGACCGACGCCUGCCAGGGAGACAGCGGCGGGCCGCUGGUUUGCGUUUCUGGUAGCGGUGCCUAUGCACUGCACGGUGCCACUUCAUGGGGUUACGGGUGUGCCUCGGCGCUGUAUCCCGGAGUCUGGUCCCGUGUGAACUACGUGCGUGACUGGAUCGACGCCGUAAUGGGGACAACCGCGCCGACAAGCGCGACCGUCACCACGCUCACGGUGACCAACAGCGCCACCCGGACUCCUGUGAGAAGCUCCACCACUGGGAGCACGGCCACGUCGACUUCCAGCGCGAUUGGCACCAGCAAGACCGCUAUCUUCACGUCGGCCACGAGCGAGACUGGCGCGUCUUCGUCGUUCACCAGCAAGACCGUCACCACGCGCACGACGACCAGCAGCGCCACCAGGGCAACGAUGGUCUUCCCCACCGACACUGGCACAACUACGUCAACCUCCAGCGUGACCGCAACUAGCGAGACCGAUACAUUUUCACCGGUCACCAGCGAGACAAGCACCUCCACGUCGGUCACCAGCGAGACCAGCAGUUCCACAGUGGUGACCAGCGAGACCGGCACUUUCACGUCAGGCACCAGCGAGACGGGCACCUCCACGUCGGUCACCAGCGAGACCAGCACUUCGACUUUGGUGACCAGCGAGACUGGCACUUUCACGUCGGGCACCAGCGAGACCAUCACAGCCACAUCAGUCACCAGUGAGACUGGCACCCACACGUCGGUCACGACUGGCACCUUUUUGAGUGGCACUUCUGAGACUGGCACCUCUGGGACUGGCACCUCUGCAUCCACCACUGGUAUUUCUGUGACUGGAUCCUCCGUGACCUCUAUCCAGUGACGCUGCCGCGCGCGUCCGCUUCUGCGCUUGGAGACGCUCGUAGCACGCGCCGUGUUCCAAGCGGUCCGAGUUCAACUCCGUAUCAAUGCGCUGCGUGUUGCGUGCUGCGUGUCGGGGCAGCUAAGUCCCUGCCAUGUGCCAC